UGACUUUGCGGGAGGGGGAAAAGCGCCGUCUCGCCCUCGUUCCGCCACCCCCCCGUCGCGGAGAAGGAAGUGAAACCUCCAGAGCCGAACCGGCGGCCAAAAUGGGGUGCCGGGGGUGGCAGAGGGUGUGCCGGGACGCGUGCCGAGGGGUUUAACUCCCCACCCACCCACCCCCCCCACCCACCCCGGGCGCCUGCGCCGCCACCCUCCCCUGGCAAAGCAUGGCCCAGCAGGAGACCUACGGCAACUGGUUGGGUCCCCCCCCAGCGCCCACCAAGCGCCUGGUGAGACAAGCAGGAAUUUACUCCGUCGCUGGAAAAAUGACGCCCAUGGCUGAUUUCAGACCGGCGUCCCCGGACAGCUUCGAGGACGAUUACGACGACGUCUCGCUGCCGGAGUCGGGCCGCGGCCACAAGCCGCUGCCGGUGGGCGAAGAUCUGCGGAGCCCGAAGAGCAAAGGAGGGGUUUACAUCUUGGCGGGGAAACCGCCGUCUCCAACCGCUUCCCAACAAGGUGACCCCGAGCUCGGGGGUGGCGGGGAACGAAGCCGCUGCGCGACGUCGGUGGUCGUCCUCUACGUCUUGGUUGGGUUGAGCUUCGUCGCGUGGGCGCUGCUCUUCGCGUUGGCCGCGGUGAAGCAGAUGGAAAUUAUGGAGGAAUUAAAGGUCUUGAGGUUAAACUACUCGGAGAAUGAAGCCAACGCGUGGCGGGAGCUGUCGGAGGCGCGGCGGGAGCGGGCGCAGCUGCGGGCCGGGAUGCGCCAACACCACGAGGAGCUGCGCGACGUCGCGGUGCUGAUCUGCAGAACCAUCCCGGACGGCAGAAAGUGCUCGGCCGGCUGGAAAACCUUCGAGAGAAGCUGCUACUCCUUCUCGGCGGAGGCGGCGAGCUGGUCGGGCGCCAGCGAUGCCUGCGCCGGCCACGGCGCCCACCUGGUCAUCGUCGACUCGGACCCGGAGCAGUUUCUGAAGGACACCAUCAACAGCAGCGGCACGUACUGGCUGGGCGUGCGGCGGGCGGCCGGCGGCGCCUGGCUCUGGGCCAGCGGGCAGGAGCCCACCGUGAGCUACUGGAGCCUGCGGCGGGGCGGCGGGGGGAGGCUGCCGGCCUGCGGCUCCAUCGGCCCCGGCGGCCUCUGGGAGCCCGACGGCUGCUCCCGCGCCCACCCCUGGAUCUGCGAGAAGUCCUGGGACUGCUGAGCCUGGCGCGUUUUUCUCAGAAAACCCCCAAAUUCGGACAAUUCUCGAUAGCUAUUAAAAAAAUACACAACCUCACCCUUCCCGCGGGGGGCCGGAGCCUCCACGUGCUCCUUUUUCCCCGUUAAUAACAUGAAAAUCCCUCAAACCUCCCCCCCGUGACGCCCCCGAGCCCGACCCGCAAAUCGAGUUAAAAAACGGGAUUUUCAGUGAAAAUAACCGCUAUAAAACUCACCGGCGCAAACCCCCAGUUCUCGGCGUCGCCCGGUUGCCCCUCCCCCCACCGGCUCUGCUGCCGCUUCCGCUUCCCGCUCCAAAAAUCGGCGAUUUUAGUAAAAAUCCACAUUUUUCCCCCCAAUUUCCAAACCGAUUUUGUCCAUAUUUAUCCCUCCCCCCUCCCCCCCCCCGCCGGCGUCUGUCCCCGGGGGUCGCCCCACACCCAAAACCCCCCCCAAACCCCCGAUUUUCCUCAUUUCCCCAAUAAAACUUAUCAUUUUCUAUUUUUCUAAGAAACGCAGCAAAAUCUGUCCCGUUUCUUUAAAUUUUUCCCCUAAAUCAAUACAAAAACCCCCAAAAAAACAAAUUCCGAUGUUCCGGUGGCUGAAAAUCCCCGGAAUCAGGGAAAUCCUGGUAAAACCGUGGCGCGACGGGUUAUUGCAGGGUUAUAAAGGCCCCAAAAAUGGCCGUUUUGGGGGGAAUUGAGCCAUUAUCGCGCAGCGGAAAUUCCCAGCCCGGGCUGAAAAUUGCCCCUCCCCCGCCCCGGAAAUGGACAACCUGGGCCCGGGUUUGGGGAAAUUUCCUGGAAAAUCAGGCAAAAUAAAGGAGCUGCGAGAAACGGACCCGGGUUUUGGGCCACGUUGGGGCGUUUUUUAAUAUUUUUUAACAAACAAACAAAAUUUCACUGGGGGCGAAGUCCCAGCGCUGGGAGGCCCAACCCCCCCUUCCCA